UGUGCAACAGUAUGACAAAAACAAUUCAGAGACAAAAAUUCUCAAACCCAAUUUUACAGUAUGGUUUCAUGAUCUAACAUGAAAUAUAGAGAAUCUAAACCCAAAGGAUUCAUGAAUUCAGUCAUCCAACAACCUCCUCUUGGUCUUGUGGAUGACAGUAAAGCAGUAAUGAUGACAUUUUUAGCCAUUGAUUCACGAGAAGAGAGAGCUCACUGAAUCAAAAAGAAAAGAAAACAGUUUUUCUUUUCAGAUAUCACAUUGAGAAACGCACCCACCCAAUGGAGAGAUUUUCUGAAUUUUCAUCAUUUUCCUUUGUCUCCCCCUUUCAGCCCCAGAGAAACUGCCAUUUUCCCAAUGCUUACAUAUACCCUCCACAUGUCACUCCGUUCUUACAACAUCUCCCACAAAACCCUCAAUCCUAAACAUCUGUUGGUUUCUUCUCUUUUUUUUUUUCUUGUUUUCUUUCACCCAGAAAAGAAAAUUUUGAAAAAAUUGAUUCUAUUUUCACAGAAAUUCAAUACCCACUAUGGUGUUUUGAUUAUUUAGACAAACCCUUUUUGCCAUUUUAGUUGUUUAAGUGGUUAUAAGAGAGAUUUUAUAUUGGUUUUGCUGUGGGGGUGGUGGUGGUGGAGAUGAAUGGGCAUGGUGAAGAACAAACUGGGUUUGAGAUUGGGAUUGUAGUAGCAAAGAAGAAUUUGAAGGAAGAAAGGGUGGAUUAUGAGGAGGAUUGUGUUGAUGUGUUGGUUUCAGAAAUGAAGAAAGUUGGGUUGAUUGUUGAGAGAGUUGUUGGUCUUGCAGAAGAGUUUAUAAAGGUAGCAGCUCCUUUAGAGACAUUGGGAAGGGCUGCAGCUGCAUUGGACAUAAAGAAGUUAACAUACAUAGGGAUGGAGUUACAAUUUGAAUGGGAGGAAAUUGAAGCAUUUGUAAGGCAACCUGAUGGUUCUCUAUUCAGUUGGUGUGAGCGUUUCCGGUGUUUCAAUCACUUGGUUUACGGAAUUGUAAACGAAACCGACUACGUUAUAGCACUAAGGUUUGAUAACCAAGAGUUUUGUUGGAAACCUGGGGAGUCUUUGCUUAAGAGGUUGGAAAAUGAAGGCGUUGUUAAACAUGUUUUCCCUUUGCAUGAUGAGAUUAGGAGGAAGCAACUUUUAAGAACCUGGGCACUCAACUGGUUGGACUUCACAUGGCAGCCGAUCGAUGAAGUUUACUCAUAUUUUGGGACAAAGGUCGCAACAUACUUCGCAUUUCUUGGAAUGUAUACACGGUGGAUAAUCUUUCCUGCUGGUUUUGGGCUUAUCUUGCAGUUGAUUGAUUUUGGGCCUUGGCAAUUGUUCAUGCUUCCUAUUUUUUUCAUAUUUUUAAUUUCAUGGGCGGUGCUUUUCUUCCAAUUUUGGAAACGAAAGAACUCAGCACUUCUAUAUAGAUGGCAAACUUCAGUAGGAGCGGAUCAAGGAUGCAAAUUUCCUGAUAGUGAAAGGAGUUCUGCUAUGCCGCGUGAGGAACUCAUAAAGAAACCAAUAGUAGACAAAACGAAAGAGAAAGAAGCACUACGAAGGGCUGAAUGGUUUGGACAUCUACUGAGAUUCAGAAAUGAUGCAAUGGUUAUCAUGAGUAUUAUUUGUUUACAGUUGCCAUUUGAGUUGGCUUAUGCUCAUCUAUACGAGGUUAUGGAAUCUGAUAUUUUGAAGUUUGGGUUAACCGCCAUCUAUCUUUUCGCCAUCCAAUACCUAACUAGAAUCGGUGGGAAAGUGUCAGUCAGGCUUAUUAAGUAUGAAAAUAAUGGAAGUUCGGAAUCAAGGGCUGAUAGUUUAGUAUACAAGGUUUUUGGUCUUUACUUUAUGCAAUCAUAUAUCGGCGUAUUCUAUCAUGCCCUUCUGCACCGCAACUUCAAGACCCUUCGUCAGGUCUUGAUUCAACGCUUAAUUGUAUCUCAGGUGUUCGAGAAUCUGUUGGAAAACUCUAUUCCGUACCUCAAAUACAGUUAUAAAAAGUACAGAGCUGUUCGCAAGAAAAAGCAUGAGAAUGGAUUUUCAACUGGGAGAAGUCAAGUGAUUCCUAGAGUAGAGAAAGAAUAUCUGAAACCUGCUUAUUCUGCAAGCAUUGGCGAAGAACUUGAAGAUGGUUUAUUUGAUGACUUUCUUGAAUUGGCACUGCAGUUUGGAAUGAUCAUGAUGUUUGCAUGCGCAUUUCCUCUCGCAUUCUCCUUUGCUGCCUUGAAUAAUAUCACAGAAAUCAGAACAGAUGCAUUGAAACUGCUUGUAAUGUUGAAACGGCCUGUUCCACGCAAUGCAGCAACAAUCGGAGCUUGGCUAAACAUAUUUCAGUUUUUGAUAGUCAUGUCAAUAUGUACGAAUUGUGUGCUUCUGGUGUGCUUGUAUGAUGAGGAGGGGAAAUGGAAAAUCGAACCUGGCCUUGCUGCAAUCCUCAUCAUGGAACACGUUCUGCUGAUGAUCAAAUUUGGGUUCUCCCAUUUUGUGCCUGAGGAACCAGCAUGGGUUAAAGCGAACCGUGUCAAAAAUGCCGCUCAGGCACAAAAUGUUUGCUCUAGACAACUUCUGAGAAGCAUAUCUGGAGAAAAGAAGAUGGAGUGAGAACUGGGAAAAGAAUACAACAUUGAGAAACAAAUCUUGGAAUCUUAUACUGGUUUCUUGGCGUCAGCACCAUACAACACCACUUGAAUUUCGCCAGGGGGGAAAAACAACAAAAAUGAGCAAAGAAACCUUGUAUGUGCAAUUAGUCAGAGGAGAGUAUGUAUAGGUUUUUCGGCUUCAUGUAUUAAUCUGUUUCUCUGCGGGAACUCCAAUCACGAUUUUUGCUGUUGUUUUGUUACUGAACACUUGAAUGGCAAUGGCAUUCUUCGUUUGAAGCUA